AUGGUGUGGGGCAUCUUGGAGACCCCUAAAGGGGCCCAUGUUCCAGGCACAGUCGUCCUGGCCGACCGCUCUGAACUCCCGCCCGAGUACGCACACAUCCCGCCCGACCAGCUCCGCCAUGGUACCGGCCACUUUUCAAAUGUCGUGCUGUCGCCGCAGCCGACCAGCUCGCCCAACGAUCCUCUGAACUGGCCCGUCUGGAAAAAAGACCUCGUGUUGCUCAUCACCGGCUUGUCGGCGGGCGUGGUCGGCGCCUACGGCCCCAUGCUGUCGCCCGGCUUCGUUGUCAUUGCGGCGGACCUGGGGAUCGACACCAACACGCUGUCCCAGGCCACCGCCUGGGUCGUCCUUGUCAUUGGCCUUUCCCUCUUUGUGUUCAAUCCCAUGGCCAAGAAGAUGGGCCGCCGUCCCGUCUACAUUGCCUGCUCGAUCAUCAUGUUCUCGGCCAGCCUCUGGGGCGGCCUCUCCACGGGCUACAACUCGUUUCUGGGCAGCCGCAUCUGGGGCGCGUUCGGCAUGGCGCCGUACGAGGUGCUCGUGCAGUGCACGAUCGCCGACCUGUACUUUGUGCACCAGCGGGCGACGCGGAUUGCCGUGUGGAACAUGUUUCUGCUGUGCGGCAUCGCGGGCGGGGCGCUGAUUGCGGGCUACAUUAUCGAGAACCAGGGCUGGCACUGGACCUUUCUGUGGUGCGCGAUCCUGUUUGGCGCGCUGCUCCCGCUGGUGUUUCUGUUUGUGCCGGAGACCGCCUACGUGCGUCUGCCGCUCGCCCAGCGCUUCCCGGUGCCGCCGCAACCCGGUGAACGUGAGAAGACGGAACUGGCCGACGCUGCCGCGACGAGUGAAGUGGAAAAGACGAGUGCCACUGGUGGGCCGGUUCCGAUCGACCCCGAGUCGGCGUCGGCUGCAGCCGCCACGGCACCCACGGAGGCGAAGCACAGCUUCUGGCGCUCCCUGCGCGUCUUCACGGGCAUCUACUCGACGACGGCGCCGCUGCGCAUCUUCCUGCGCCCUUUUGUCAUUUUCUUUUACCCAGGCGUGUUUUGGGGCUUUCUGCUGUACGGCGCCACCCUCACGUGGAUUGUCGUCUUCAGUGUCGUCAACGCUGGCAUCUUUACGGAGGCGCCGUACAAUUUCUCCGUCUCCCAAACGGGUCUCAUCUCCCUCUCGCCGUUUGUCUUUACCCUGCUGGGCGAAGCCAUCAGCGGUCCCCUCAACGACCGCAUAACUGUCUGGCUUGCGCGCAAGAACGGCGGCAUCUACGAGCCCGAGUUCCGGCUUCCCCUCGUCGUGAUGCCGCUCGUCAUUGGCGCCGUCGGCUUCUACGGGUUUGGCAUCACGAUCCACUACCAGACGCACUGGAGCGGCCCUGUGCUGUGCUUUGGUCUGGCCAACAUGGCGGUGGCCUGCCUGAACGCGUCGGUGUUUCCGUACAUUCUGGACGCGCACAACGAGCUCAGCGAAGAGGCGUUUGUGGCCAUCAAUGCGCGCAAUUUCCUGACGUUCGGCCUGACCUACUUUGUCAACAACUGGCUGCGCCACUCGGGCGCGCUCAACGUGUUUCUGGUGCUCGGCAGCAUCUACGUGGCCGUGAUUCUCACCACCAUUCCGCUGUGGGUGUUUGGCAAGCGGGCGCGCUUCUACAUUGCCCACAACCAGUUUCUGCAAACGUUUAUGCACGAGGAUUGA